AAGAUACUUAAAACUCCGCAGAUAAUAAUCAUCUGUUAAUAAAACUGUUCGAAUUACUUGCACUUGAAAGUUGAAACGAAGUGAGUUCAAGUGCUAACAUUUAAACUCAUAAAUUAACUAUAAACAGAGUGAUUGACUAUAAGCAUUGAGAAAAUGGUUGAUGUUUGUUGUCUCCGGAUGUCCGCAAGAUGCUCGAGGCCAAUUCGCUCGACCAUGAAGGAUAUUACAAAACUUAGCAAUGCUGGAUCGAAUCAUGAUUGUGGUUCACUGUCGCGUGUCGUGAUGGUGCGGAAAACUGAUCAGCGUGUGAUAAAUCACAAAAAUCAAAAGGAUCCACAGACAGAAGUCAUCACAAUGGAAACAAUUUCUACUUAUCGUGGUCAUCGUCCAGAUAGAACUGUUGUGAUUAAGAAACGCGACUUAUCUGCAAAUGCAGUUCUGUCAACUUCAAUGAGUGAACGAGAUCAUGGCUAUUCAUCACUUACACCCAGUCGAACAAUUAAAUCAGAAAUAAGCAAAGAUUUUAGUUCGUUGAGUCUUUUAACACCUGACGAUGCAAACACACUUAACAAUAGUUUGAACAACAGUCCGAAUAGUAAUCCAAGAAAAACUAUUCUCAAUGGCAAUGGAGUUCGAGAUUCGAAUAACAACCCUUAUGGGACUCCAACAAUGUAUGCAAAACACAAUAGAAACUCAUUGAACACGCGAAUACAACAAGAAGAUCGAAGUUUUUCGAAAUCUUCAACUAGUCUUAGAAGUUCUCCAGCACUUAGAAACUCACCAGGACUUCGUCACUCGACGCCAUCGCCCUGUAACAGAAGAUCAAUUUUUAGUGACUUUGAACUUGAUUGUUUAAAAGCUCACAAUGAAUAUCGUGCUAGACAUGGAGUGGCAGCCUUGAAACUUAAUAAAAAGCUUUGUAAACAUGCAGAAGAAUGGGCUCGAAUACUCGCAAAUCGAGGAAUUUUAUUGCAUAGAAAUAAUUCUAUUUACGGUGAAAAUAUAUUCUGUUCAUGGAGUUCCAACAUACACAACAAUCAUGUGAGUGGUCGAGAACCAGUUGACAACUGGUAUGCUGAGAUAUCGCAUCAUGUCUUUCAUAAAGAACCCACGACACUGAAAUCAGGUCACUUCACACAAGUUGUUUGGAAAGAAAGUCGAGAGUUAGGCGUUGGAAUGGCAAAAAAUCGGUCAGGAGAAGUGUUUGUGGUGGCAAAUUAUGAUCCACCUGGUAAUUUCAUUGGGUCAUUUGAGAAGAAUGUUCUCCCAAUAUUAGGAGAAGACGACAAAAUGAGAGCUUCCAUGGAAAAGUCUGAUGAAGAAAUUGAUGAAGUGGAAUAUUCUGAGGAAGAAUACGAAGCGUUUGCACAGAAAAUAUUAAAACAUCACAAUGAAUAUCGGAAAAAACAUUACGCACAUGAAUUGAGAUUAACCAAAGAACUAAUGAAUGACGCACAACAGUGGGCAGAGAAGCUAGCAGCGGAAGAUAAAUUUACGUAUCGACAAAACUCACAAUAUGGAGAGAAUUUAUAUUGUUUGUGGAGCAGUGACAGAGAUGCAUGGCCCAAUGCCAAAGACGUUUGCAAAUCAUGGUAUGAAGAAGUUAAGCAAUAUAUUUGGAAUGUAGAACCAAAAACGUCAUUUAAAGCUGGUCAGUUCUCUCAAUUGGUUUGGAAAAGCUCAAGAGAACUUGGUGUUGGUGUAGGUCGAACUAAAAGUGGAAAAGUGAUUGUUGUCGCCAGUUAUUGGCCUCGAGGAAAUAUCAUCGGACAAUUUUUACAGAAUGUUAAAAAAGGGAACUGAUUGAAUAUGAAGGCUGAUGAGAAGAAUAAAGAUUGAACACCAAAAAGUAGAUUUUGUAAUGAUAGUCUUAAAUUAUUGGAAAAAAUAAUUCUUUGAGCACCUUUAACCUUAAUCAAAAUAAUUCAGGUCAUGAUUAUAGAGCCUUAAUCUCUACUUACAUACCUUUUAAAGCCAUAAAACGUCCAUUUCCAUUGUUAAAUAUUUGCAAUUUACAUAAAUUAAAAUAUAAAAUUUUUAAUCUUCGCAUUACUUUGGAUUUUGUGAAAUCGUUAAAUUCGCACAUUAAAUAUUUGCUUGAACGAAAACUGAAAGAAAUUUUUCGUAAAAAGUAUUAAAAUACAGAUGAAAUGGAGUUUUGAUUAGAAAUUGCAUAAUUUUAAUGAUAAGAG